CAAAUUUACUCCUUAUAAGGGGCACCAACCACCACUACUCAAUACAUCUCUCUCUCCCUCUCUCUCCCAUCAAUCCAUAAGAGGAGAAUGGACAAUCAAGGAAAUCCUCUUCUAAAUUGGGGUUACUACUGUCAAACAAAGAGCAUGGAAGAGCUGAAGCAAUCUCUUUUGCUCACUGCCAUGGAGCUACAAAGCGCAAAGCUGAAAGCACAUGAGGAGCUCAAAAUGAGAGAAGUUCAACUGAACCAACUCAAAGAUCUGUUUAACAGAGCCAUCAAAGAAAGAGAUGAAGCACAAGAGAAAUGCCAGAGGCUCCUCUUUGAAAAACUCUUCCUCCAACAACAGCAGCAGCUACAACAGUACCAACAAACAGCUCCACUCUCAGGAAUUUCAAGCAUUGAAGAUGAACCCAGAAGAGGGUUAGACUCCAACAAUGGAUUUUCAUCCUCAGAUUGUGAAGAAAGCAUUGUCUCCUCACCAGUUACUGACCCAGUUCAACCACCCCAAUUACCACGACCACCAUCAGAGCAAGAACCUGAAAUACUACUAGUUUCAGAGAAGCCAUUGCCAGAAAAGGGGAAGCUUUUGCAAGCUGUGAUGAAAGCAGGGCCACUCCUUCAGAAUCUCCUCCUGGCUGGACCUCUACCUCAAUGGCGCCACCCACCACCACCACUUGACACCCAUCAGAUCCCACCACCACCAGUGGUCAUUCCAUCAGCACCAACUCCAACACCAACUACUCAUCUCCUCUACCAAGACCCUUUACUCAACAUUAGUAAUUGCAGCAACGUUAAUGAUUGUGGUAGAGUUAACAGGAAAAGAGGUCCCUUUGAAGGCUUUGAUUCUUCCACACAGGUGAAGUACCAAAGGGUUGUUAUCCAGUGACAACUACUAUUGAUGGUAAUCCAGGUAGCUAUAUAAUUACCAUUGUAUACUAAGGUUAAUGAGAAUGAUGUUGCAAGUUGGGUAUCAAACUGAUCUAGCAUUUGUACAGAGGCAUGAUUUAGAAAGUAAAGAUCCCAAAUUAGCUAGUUAGGGAGAGGAAAGAAGAUACGGCUUGUUCUGGGGUUUUUUGCCAACAUUUUGGUUGGAGAUUGCGUCUUUUUCCUUCAUAUGUCAAGUUUUUUCCCCUCUGAUUCGAAAAGGGGGAAUUGAUUUCCCCAAUAUAAUUGUUGAUGUAACCUGUGAUCUAUGAUAGUUAAGUUAGUGAAUUGGGUUGUGUGUGUGUGUGUGUGUGAGAGAGAGAGAGAGAGAGAGGACAUUAAGAUUAUGGUUGUGGAGUAUAGAUUAUGGUUGUGGAGUUGAUAAGAUUAGAAGAUGGGUGAGGCCAACAAAAAGGAAGGUCCGGGAGCCCUCCUUGUCUGGCUGAGUGGACCCACAUAUCAGAAUCCGGAUCAACUGCUCAGUUAUGUUAGAUUAUUUUUAUUUUGUAUGAUGUUUAUUAAAUCAUUC